CACAAAUGGAGUUACUUCUUUGUACCAGGGUAAAUCCUGGGGCUCUGAAAGUCGGCACGGCCGAGCGUGCGAGCUGGCAACGGCUGCUCGCUUGAUUGAGAAGUAAAGAAAUUAGAGAAAACUCGAUAUCCUUCACUAGGCUAGUGGCUUUUCCCAACUCGCUUUGAGCUACCCAGCUCCGAAUCGAAGUCGUUUCUGCAGAAGCACUAGUCACUUGCCACGCAUGUCUUUUUUUUCCGAAUCAGUGGACUGCUUAUCAUGUAGGUUUUCCUUUUCGUUUUUCCAGGAAAUCGAGGGAAACGACUUCUCUCUUAGAAGCCAGCAUGGACACCGAAGCUCGGCCUGCUUUCAUCAGUAGGGAAACCGAGGGGAGGCAGAGUCCUCUAGGCUCAGACGCGCCGCUCGCCCUGCCUCCGCCGUCCCCGCAAGGCUUGGGGUCUCUAUGCUGCGGUGAAACUGCUGCAGGGUACCACAGCACUGCCGGGGAAAGGAGAAAAGGUGCAGAAGAUAUCAGCCACGAUGAAGCAGAGAACGUCUCAAAGAAGAAAUGGAAAGAGAAGGACAUCCCUGAAAAGGCAGAUGGCGACACGAAGAGAGUAGAGUUGCCUCCUGAAUCGCACAUUUUCACCGACAGUCUUCCUCGAGGGAGACAGAGUCUCGGAGAGAAUAGGCGGACAACUUCACUUUACUCUGGAACUCUCCAGAAAACAGAGCAUGCAGCCGCCUCCAAAACUGUUCCCAGCGAGGCAGCCUGGUGUCUCUCGCCGUGUGACCCUGCCGCUUCCUCCUCUCUCUUCUCUCCUUUCCCUCGCUCGUCGACCGCUGCAGACUCUGCCCCUCCUUCUUUUGGAGCGUUGCCCUUUGCUUCCUGCCUUUUCAAUGGAAAUGCGGCAAGGUGGAGAGAACAGCGAGGGCAGUCCGGCUCCUGCAUGCACAGGUCGCGUGGUUUCUCUUCUUUGUCCGAUUCUGACGAAGAGAGGAGCCCACCUGCCUCUCCGUUUCUCGUCUGCUCUCUUCCGCCUUCAACAGGAAAUGCUGAGUCCCCAGGUCCAGCUACUUCUUCGACUUCGUCGAGACCUGCACAGGCAGACUGCCGACAGCCUUUCGAAGAGUUCCUCCACCUAUGCUGCAAGCAGGACGCUCGACCCUCGCGCUCUCCUUCGGAGGUUGUCGGGCAUCUGUCUUCCAUCGCUCCGUCGUCUUCACCCUCUUCUGCUUCCUCUUCGUCUAUCCUGUCUUCACUCUCUCCUUCAUCUCCGUCGGCCUCGUCGGUUCAUCCUUCGUCUCUGUCACUCUCAGUUCCUUUGUCUUCCCGUUCCUGUCGUUUCGCUCCGGCAGGGGGUCCUGCGGCCUUGCAUUCGUCUUCUUCAGACGCUUCUUCUCUGGCGUCGUCUGCGAGAACCAGUGAGCAACCUCUCCGAGGUGACCACAGCGACAAAGGCAAAAACAGAGGGAUGCGAGAGGAGAAGGAAACAAAGAUAGCGCGAGAGAGCCAGGACGUCUUCUGGUUGUUGCUUCGUCUUGUCCAGUUUCUCACUGUCAAGGACUUCCUGAGUCUUUCUUCUGUCUCUGUCACUUUUCACCGUCUUCUUCUCUCGCCCAUAGUCAACGAAUGGUGCUACUUCCUCUUCCUUCUUCAAGACUGUUUACCUGCAGGACUCCACUCUCUCCACGCUAACGUUUCCAGCAUCCCUUCGUCUUCCCCACCAGCUCUUCCUUCCUCUUCUUCUUCUUCCUCCUCCUCCUCUCCUUCGCCCUCUUCUUCCACCGUUUCGUCCUGCUCCUCUUCUUCCUCUUCCCCUUCUUUUUCUUGUCUCUGUUUCUCACCUGGUGAUUCGCCCGUUUCUUCGCUUCUGUCUGUCGAUUUACCUCCUCAUUCUCUGCCUUUCGUUCCGGCGUUUCUGGCUCUUUCUGAUACUUCCCCGAACCCGUCUCUGGCGUUUUCCUGCAAGGGCCGGCUGCAGCAGCGCAUGCGAGCGCGUCGUUCGUGGCUGAUUCGGCGUCCGUUUGUCCACGAAUUUUUUCUCUCCCAUUGUUCGUCUUCUCUGCAGAGCGCGGAAGAGGCCGCACAUGCAACUCCCCCAAGCCAGUGCACUUCUUCUGAUGCUUUAUCCUUCCCCGAACAACGAAGGAAAGACAUCCCUCGCUUGAGCGCACAGCACAGGCCGCCCAGCGUAAACUGUUCGCUUUCCCUCGGAGCGUCUGAGGCACAGCUAACAGCAAUCGCUUUCUCGUGGCGAGAAGCGAGCUCCCGAAUUUCUGCCGCCUCUCGCGAAACAUCUUGGUGGACUUCUUCUGCGACUUUUCUGUCGGGAACUCCCUACCUCGUCGCUACACAACAGGAAGCCGGCGCAACUCUUUGGCCUGCGCCUUCCUCCCGCUCCUGUCUGUCUGUCUACGACCUCUCCAGUCCGCUGCAGUCGUGGGGAGUAGGAGCGGGAGAUAUUGGAGGCGAAACUCCCUGUCAGGCGGGAGCCUGGAAGGAACCUCCGAAGCCUCGAGGCCUCAGCGCCCGGAGCUCAGUGUGCCUCCAGGCGACGGAGAGCAAACGAGGAACCGUUUGCGCUUGCAGGCGCUGCUGGGUCGUGGACAUGGCCCUCGGAGAAGCUGGGGGCUCGGAGACAACGCGGCUUCCUGCGAAAGGAGACAGCGACAUGGUAGUCGAAACAGAAGAGGUAGAUGAAGCUGAAGAAGACGGAGAAACAGAAGUGAAAGCCGACACAGGGAAGAGCUGGGGAGAAGACGCGAGUCGGGGGGCAAAGACUCAUCGCAUGUGGGCUCUCAUGUCUUGCGGGACGGCGGUCGCUGUCGACCUCCACGCAUCUGCAGUGGUCUCCCGCCUGGCUCCGUUGUCUCUUCCUGGGGUCUCCUUUUCCUUGGAGGAAUCUCGCGGAUGCCGAGUGCUUCCGCUCUCGUCUUCCAGCGGGGGAUUCACCGGACGCGACGAACUGGCACUGGUUGUCGACGCGACAGGCAUCUUCUUCUGCGACUCUCGCCUCCAGUCCUACCUGCCUUUUACUCUCUUCUCCCCCGCGCAACCAGGCAUGCAGACAGGGACGCAUGCAGGAGGCCGAGAGGGCGGAGCGAGCUCGUGGUCCCUCGAGGGAGACCGACCGGUAGCGGCCGACUGCACAGACUUGAUGGUGGCGGCGCUGUGUGCUUCGCAGUCCAUCCGUCUUUGGGACCUUCGCUGGAACGCGUCGCCCCUGCGGGAACUCCGACCGCCUUCUUUCUCUUCUUUCCAUCUCAGGCACUCCGCCUCUUCUGCAUGCGCCUCCUCCUCGAGUCCGCACAAAACACAGUAUUUCUUCUUCUCGCCUGAGGAAGCUGCAACAAGUGCCUAUCGGGAUGUCCUCGCCCUCUCAGUUUUCCGACGUCUGCGCAUUGCUCGAGCCUGGGAAGAGACAGCUCAAGAUACAGGGAAGGAAGCCGAGAGACAGCGCAGAACGGAGACAGUCCUGCGGAGACACGCGCUGACUCUUAGGAGAAAUCUCAUUCUCUCGCUUCACUCUCUGCACCAAAGUGACGACAGAGAACUUCCCUACAACGGCGGAAUAGAGCACCCUGCUGCAAUCAUCCACCAGUGGCAGUGGAGUCAAAGUCGGCCCUGGCGCUCCUUCGUCUGUCCACCCUCGGAUGAAUUCUGCGGUGACACCGACAGACUCGUGGCAGAUGAUACCCCUGCGUCGCUGUUCCAUUUCCCCCCUCUUUCGUCGCAUCUUUUUGUCCUUCCACGUCGCUCUGACACCCUGCGCAUUCUUCGGCUCCCGGACCGAGCUGCGAUAACUUCUCCUUGGACGGGUCACACAAGUCCCUCGUGGCCUCUGAAUCUGUAGCGCAACGCCGGAGAAUUCGAGUAAUUUUUGCCAUUUCUUUGCGGAGGCAUGCGUGGCUUGCGUCUGUUCAGUCGACCUGCCUUCCGUAAAAUGCCUGCUUGUGAAACGGUGGAAAAUGCAGGUGCUGAAACGACUACUUCUGUGCCUUUCGGCUGCCGAUUUUUAUCCGGGGUAAAUACGCCCGCCAGUACCUUUUCUGUUGCAGCUAAAGUGAGCGAGACGUCUACCCCGUUUCCCAUCCGAAAGCAGUGAAUGCCUCAGUUUGUUGCGGCGAGACCCCGACACGGCAGUGAAACGCGAAGUUUGCAUUCCU